ACCACAACCCAACCCAACCCAACACAACACACACUCGCUCCCUCCUUCUCUGGCUCUUCAAACCCGCAGCAGAGAGACGGAGACGAGAUAGAAAGAGCGAGAGGAGAGGAGAGUAGGCAGCCGUUGCUUGCUGGCCUAGCUAGCUGCUCCGUGCUUGGCUCUGGUUUGGCCCUGGUGGGCAUCUAGAUGCUCUCGUUUCCUUUCGCGGCCUCUGCUCCUACGCCGGAAUCCCUCCGUCUCCGUGCCUUCCCUCCCUCUCAUGGCCUAGAUUCGUGCCAGGGCUGCUAGCAAUCAAUCGGGAGCCGUUUCUUUCUUCGCGCCUACGUAGCGUAGCCUGCUCUGCUGCUGCCUGCUCGCUUUGAAUACGCGCCCGACCUCCCUCCCUCCCUCCUCAAAACGCUCAAACCUUGUCCCUUUCCCGCAAACCCCUGCCGCUUUUUGGUCGCUCUAGCUCUAGCGUACAGGCAGGCAGGCACAGUACUAUACUCCCCGGGCGCCGCGCCGGGCUCUUUCAUCUCGUCUCGGUCUCAGGUGGGCGAGCCAGCGUCCAGCACCUGCACUGUUUCGCCUCUCUCUUCCGCCAUAUAUUCCGUCACCGCGCAGGAGAGACACGCUUGUGACUUGUCGUGAGGUCUCCAUCACUUUCUUGAUUUGUCGCCUGAGCUGGGAGCAGCGAGCAGCGCCGGCGAGCGAGCGAGGUUGCCAGGGACGAACGGUCGAGUCACUCAUGGCGUGGAGCGGGUUCAGGGAGGCGGCGGCGGGGGAGAGCGGCCUGGAGCUCAGCCUCGGCCUACCCGCCUACUUCACCAAGCCGGCAGCACCGACAGCAGGUUUGGACGGGCAUGAGUCGAGCGGCGCCGGUGAUUUUGCUCGCCAACCUCAAGGAGCAAGCAAUGGCUACAAGGCCAAGCCGGCAGCAGCUGCAGCAGCUCCGGUCGUGGGGUGGCCGCCGGUGCGCUCGUUCCGGCGGAACCUGGCCGCCUCCAAGCCGUCGUCGUCCAAGGAGGACGGCAGGGCAACCAAAGACAACGACCUCGCCGUCAAGGGCGCCGACGAGCCUGCUGGCCGGAAGGGCCUGUUCGUGAAGGUCAACAUGGACGGCGUCCCCAUCGGCCGGAAGGUGGAGCUCAAGGAGCACGGCAGCUACGCCGACCUCUCCGCCACCGUCGACAAGCUCUUCCGCAGCCUCCUCGCCGCUCAAAGGGACACCGCUGCUGCACCCGACGCGAUCGCCGGCGGGGAGUACACGCUGGUGUACGAGGACGACGAGGGCGACAGGAUGCUGGUCGGGGACGUCCCAUGGCACAUGUUCAUCGUCACGGCGAAGAGGCUGCGAGGGCUCAAGAGCUCCGACCUGCCGGCCUCAUCGCUGACGGCGGCCGGGAGCAGGAAGAGGCCGGCGGCUGCGGCUGACUGCUGAUUCGAACUCGCCCGGCGUUGUCAAGGCCUUUUUUGCUGCUACGUACGUACGCACGUAUGAAGAUGAAAUCACGGCUGCUGUAACUAGAGCCGUUUCUGUGAUGCUACUGCUAUUUUGGGGGCCAUAGUGGCCGUAUUUUGAUGCUUUUUUCUACGUCUAACUAGAUGCGAUUCGUCGGGUGAUCUAAUCUAAUACUAGUACUAGUUUGUUCUUGGUAUAAUUGCACAGGUACUUCAUGAACUUGAUCUUUGCCGGUUGUUUGUUUCUGUGGUGCUGCUGCUGCUCGAAUGGUGUUGGUUCAGGUCAAACUUCUUCUGAUCGAUGUGUCCGACCAAAAAAAAGGGACCUGCUGCACCUACCAAGCUUGUGUAUCUGGUGCCAUCCUCUUGGCUCAAAGGUUCACCUUCAGUGAGAGAGAGCUUUUUCGGACUGGACAAUGAUGUUGAUGAUGGUUUAUAGCCAUGCAAUCCAACUCUUCUCAAGAAAUCACUUGCAUGUUUGGCGCCCACCUUCUGUUUUAGUUAACCUCAAUACCAAGAAAGAAGUCCAAAUCAUGCAAAUCCAGAGCAAACUCUGAGUUCAAAUCUGACAAAAGAGCUCUCAAUUGUUUCAUUUGAGGAACUUGUGGCAAUUAUAUCAACAACAUAAAUAAGCACAAAAAAUGGAUGUUUUGGACUUAUUGUAGAUGAAUAGUGAGGUGCCAGACUUUGAAGGAAUAAAACCAAGUUGUUGCAAUUUUGUACUUAAA